GCUGGAGGCGAGGGACCGACCGGAAGUGGUGCUCUCCCCCGUGCCAUAAAGGGUGCGGGACGGGGGAGCGACUUCCUUUCUCUCCCAGCCCGAGCGGCCAUCAUGUCGUUGGUUAUCCCUGAGAAGUUCCAACACAUUCUCCGAGUGCUCAACACCAACAUUGAUGGGCGAAGGAAGAUAGCAUUUGCCAUCACCGCCAUCAAGGGGGUUGGACGUCGCUAUGCCCAUGUGGUGCUGAGGAAAGCUGACAUCGACCUGAGCAAGAGAGCCGGGGAGCUUUCCGAGGAGGAGGUGGAACGCAUUAUCACCAUCAUGCAGAAUCCACGGCAGUACAAGAUCCCCGACUGGUUCCUGAACAGGCAGAAGGAUGUCAAAGAUGGCAAGUACAGCCAGGUCCUGGCCAACGGUCUGGACAACAAACUACGCGAGGAUCUGGAGCGUUUGAAGAAGAUCCGUGCGCACAGGGGUCUGCGGCACUUCUGGGGCCUGCGUGUGCGUGGACAACACACCAAGACCACAGGAAGAAGAGGGCGCACAGUCGGUGUGUCCAAGAAGAAGUAAAUAUUUUGCCAGGCGCCAAUUUAGCAAAUAAAUAUCCAGUUGAACUGAU